ACCAGUUUUCAGUUCAGUUCGGUUCGUUGCUCGGAUUGGAGAACCAUCAUUGCGUUCCAUCUAUCCUGUUUACUGUUUGUGUAUUUCGGAAAGUUCGUUGCGCGUGGUUGGGAGAUUCAAAUUUUAUGAGUCCCAUGGUCCGUUGUCGUCAUAGUUUUAACGAUCGAUUUAUGACCUUCUAGAAUUGCGAUUCUCCUCGGUCUAUGUAGGGUGCGAUUGCGCCGCCCGUCGCCGUUUCCCGAGUUUCGCGUGCCGUGCUUAGCCGCCGUGGUGUGUUCUUUUGAACAUUUUCAUGACUUAAUAAUAGUUGCGCGACGACGACGUCGACGUGAGGGGCUGCUGUUUGCUCCCAGUCGCCGAGCAUCAUUCGCGGCAACUUCCUGCACUCCAGAAUACCCACAGCAGCAAACAGAGACGCAAAGCUGGUUCCAGAUUGCUCGAUAGUUUAUGACCUAUCAACUCGAAGAUGAAGUGAACGACGACAACCGUGUGGAAUGAAAGAAAAUGUUUCAACGAAAAUUUCACCAUCACCAUCGUUGCCUGUUCGGUUCAGUUUUGAAACGGUUGGCUUAUGAAGUUUGAGAAGAUCUCUGUCGUUUAUCUGUGCCCGGUUGUUGUGCUUCCUAGAAGAUAUUCAAUUAAGCCCCAUUAGUGAAGUGAGGAAUGAGGAGCUAUCGUCGUGCGAAAAGUAUGCGUGCUUCGAAUGGUUAUUAAAUCACUUAAUUAAGAUAGAAGAAGUCUCGUGUCGAGUUGGAGAGAUUGUGUGUGCGAGAUCAUUCCGAGAAGCCUUUGAAGAUCUCAUCUGUGAUCCGGUCCGGUGAUACAUGCCCAAGUCAGUUGGUUGGCACUAGUUUGCAGCAAUCUUGAACUCAUGUAUUCAAUGAGGUUGUGACCGUUUGCCGAUGCUGAUGCUGGUUGGUUGAUCUGGUCUGGCGCAGUGUAAAAUAAACCAGUUUGGUCAAUCAAGCGAGAAACAACAUCCAGCCACCAGGUUGUGCACCCGAAGUGAGAGGCAAGUCACCCAUCGAAGGAAAAGAAAUUUAUCAUCGAAAAAAAAAGGGAAUUGAAUCCCCUAAGUGAACGUCGGAAAAAUUGUCAUUUCGUUGUGUUUGACCUGGUCCGGUACGGUGUAGUGUAAGAGACUUCAAUACAAUGUAGUGCUCUCGUAGUGUGUUGUCCAGCGGAAUCCCAGAGUUCAGUUACCACCAGCAGCUGAAGUGAUUAUUCGACCCACAGACCGGUGGGUCCCUUCGGAGACGAUCGAUCCAACCGGACGAUCGAGGGGAUAAAGUGUUCUAGAUCUACGGAAAUUACUGAUUAGGUUGCUGUAGACUUCCACUCGAUGAGCGAUCGUAGCGGCAAAAGCAGCAGCAGCAACAACCAUGACGAUUCAGUCUAACCUGGACUCGCCACAGCAGCAUCACCGGGUCAUGAGCCGCUAUCACCAGCACCAUGAUCCGGCUUACAACAUCACCAGUGCCGAGGCGGAAGACUACAACAGCGAUAAUAGCAUUGCCGUCCUGCAGCACCACCAUCGCUACAUGCCAUCUAGUUCCAGCUCAUGUGAUAACACCAAGCACCACCCGAUGCAGGGCUCCAGCGUGCCGGGGUCCUGCGACGAGAACACGCCCAGUGUGUUAGAUAUUAAUUUAGAUACUAAGAAAAUUGCUUUAUCCAAUCCAAAUAAUUCGAGACUGAACUCCCCGGCUCGGUUCGAGAACGAGCGGAAAUACACGAACCACAUAGAGAUCUACAGUGACAACGGAAACAAACUGGAGGAGGAGAUAUCGGAGGACGAUCGAGGGCCGCCUUUACCGCCGCGGCCUGCCCCUCGAACGCGAACCCUGCAGCGUGCUGAAAGUGCUCCCACCACUUCAGGAGUUCGAAAAUACGUGAUUUGGUGCCUGAUAUGCGGAGGCAUAUCAUGUCUUUUGGGGGUGCUAUUCCUUGGAAUAUAUUUUCUGCUCAGGUCGUAUACCAGCACAGUUGGAUAUUUCGAAACGGUGCCAACGUUCGUUCCCGCUACUCUUCUGAUGGUUACUGGAAUCUGUAUCAUGAGUCUGGCAAGGCGUCGGAACCGCUAUAGUUAUUUGAUCAAACUUUCCGGCGCAUGCGGACUGGCAUCGGCGCUAACCUGCGCCCUCGUCACAGUCACCACCACAGUCUUGCACAUGAGCCGUCUGCAGGUGCUGAGGGAAUGUGAAUACACGCAGAAGACACGAACCUGCACGUGCUACUCGGUGACAGCCGAAAAGCAAGCCGAAGGUCUGGACGAUAACGUGCGGUUUGUGUUCGAUUCCACCUCCGAUUGUGGAGUCGUCCAUGGGGCAUUGUAUUCUUGUUUACGGGCAGUCUUCGGUCUGUCAGUGGCCGGCGUGUUGGUGGCGGUUUUUAGCUGCAUGCUGGUCUACCAGUUGCUAAGCCAUGAACGCAAGAAAAUGUACUGGGAGCAGCUGGAACUGAGGUGUAGAUCGUUGUAUUCGGGGCAACAAGGACCUUCGGUGCUUCCAUCAGGGCCCAUGCUGGCAGCUGGUAGAAACGGAAACUGUCGAUGUUGCGAGCAGUGUCAUGCACACCGAAAUGUGAUGCCAUCAUCUUAUCCAUGGGAAGGCGAUCAACGAUUUUGGACUCCUGGUCAGGCGGGAAACUUCUAUUCCCCCAAUCCUGGGGGUGAAGAGAACACGGGCGGUAAUAGACUGAAUCAGAACGGCAGAAGAAUGCCCGGAUGGAGUUGGCCGAGGAUGCCAUGGCAGCGAAACGAUUCCCAGCGCAUGUCUCCUCACAGUCCGGAUUCACAAUAUGGGUUUUCUAACAGGGCGAAUGCAGUGGAACCGGUUCAGGUUGGAACUAACCAGCCGAGAUACAACGUUAUCGAGCAGCAGUAUGGAAUUUGGGGACCGCCUCCACCCUACAGUGAUCCAAACAGUCCAGCCCGACGAGGCCGCUAUCAGUAUAUCCAUCCAUCACAGUGUCAACCAAUGAUUGAACCAAAUGCUCCCCAAACCAAUAUAGCCAUUCUUGAAUGCCAUCAACAUCCAAUGGCUUCCGAAAACCAUUCCAUCCAACAGUUCAACAACGCAACUCAACAAAACGCAUUCCGUAAUCCGGGAAAACGACAAGCGUUCAAACCAGCCAAGGACAAUUACGAAAACACGCCAUCGGAUAGUGACGGACCAAGGGAUCGGUUCUCGAAUACUUUGCCUCUGAGGAAAACCAAGAAACGGGUAGAGGCUGGCGCGAAGAGUAUCGGUCCCAACCAACCUGCAACCAGGGUCAACGUUCAAAAUGUGUUCAACGCUAACGCUUCUAAUGGUGCCCAAAACUCCGUGGAGACAUCAGAAAAUGAGUAUAACGAACCUUCGCUGCCGAACAAUGAACCUGGUUGUAGUGGCCAAUCGGCACCAAUGCAUGCCAAAACGAGGAGAAUUAAGGCUGGUGUCGAAAACACUGGGUUUCAGACAGUAGAAGCACUUGAGGCUGACGGCAUGAACGGAAAGACUAUGGAACCAACUGAGUCGGAAGUGUAUUUUGCGGAUGUUAGUAGCUGCUGUAACAUAUCCGUCAAGAAUGACAACUACUAUGAGGAUGCUAACCAAAGACGUAGGAAUAUGAAGGACAAGAACAAGAUGGUACAGGACCAAGAUCAGUUUAGCAAGGACCAAGCCGAUGACUACAUUGCUCAGAGGUUCGGUAAGAGAGAACCCUCCGUCCGCAGUAGAUUACCUUUCCCACAAAUUAUCCCUGAGACGUACGAGAAACCCACUGUGAUGCCUCGUCCUUCGUUAAUGCAUAAAGACAUCUCUCGCCAGAGUAUGUGUUCCGUUGAGUCGGGUGAAAAGACAGACUAUACCGAUUUGUCGCCUGCAACUCCAAGUACAAAUUUUCCCUCGGUACCAUAUCCCCAACAGGAAUCCACCAAUAACUUCAACGCUUCAUCGCAACCCAGUAGUAGCAGUGGUGGCCAAGCAACAUCCAAAGGCCCCGUUGCAGACUUUGCAGCGGAACCUAACAGUUCCAAUUUUAUUGCAUCUUAUCCAUACUCGUCGAACGAACAGAGCCAAGAAGCCCACCGGCGUUCGACGAAAAAUCUCCAGGAUAUCUUCUUGGCACCCGACUCGCAGUACGAGGUAAUCAAGGAAUCCAGUAAGUACAAUGAAACCACCCCGCUAACUCUGUCCUACAUGACCCAGCAGGACUUGUCCGCCCAGUUCUCCUACCUACCGAGCAAGAUGCCAGUGCCGUCAUCCCGCGAGCAUCUCAGCUUCCAACAUCAGCACCCGUCGGUCUCUUCGGCGCAAUCUCAACAACCACCAGCUCAACAUUUCAAACCGAAAUCGCCCAAAAACCUGAACAUUACUCCAAUCAAACGGCAAAGUUUGGGGACCAACAUAAGCUCGAUCAUACAGAAUCUCAGCAGUAGUGAUGCGGGCUUACUCUAUCCGGAAGGACGGCACAGCCACUGCCAGGGCUCAUCCGGUGCCGCAACGGUGGCCGGCAGCAACAGUAACGGCGCUGCACCACGGGACUUGGAACAGAACCAACAGACCAACCGGGCUGACGAUAGCAGCAACGACGAAAACGAUCUCUCCGAUCCGAGCGAUCGACAUCGAUUGUGAGAUGAAGUGUAUGUUUGAGUAGAUCCUAACCGAAAAAGUGUGUCUAGAAAGUUAGAUGAUCAAUAGCUGUGAGUUGUUUGCUACGGAUAUGUGUUUUCUGGGGAAAAUCGUGCUGUGGGAUAUUCUGAGAAUUUUCUGUAUAAUCAAUCAAUGUUUGUUCUGAUGUUCAUUCGUUUGUAUCAUUUGCAUGAAAUUUAAUUUAAAGAAGUAUUUUUGUUUUCGAUACGGAUGCAAGAGUACACUUCAGAAGUUUGAAAAAUGAGUGCGUCACGAACAAAUGAUUUUUCAACCCAUUUUCAUUUUUUUCCUAUUCAUCGAUUAGAAAUCUAUCGUUCAUUUGAAAGGCUUAUUUGACCUUAUACAAUAAUGUUAGCUUUGGGAAACCGAAAGACACGCGGUUUGGUCGAGGUUGCUACAAUCAAAUGCUUCCAAUCAUUUGAAGAUACGAACACGUUGGACGUUCUUUUAGAUUUGGCCACAAAUGUUAUGGUAGCUUCGUAUUCUACGUCUACAGUUUGAUCAGCCAAUCAUAUUGGGCUGUCCCUUGUCUUCCAUUUCUUCCAAGCAUUUCCAGCUGUUUACUUCCUGGCUAACUGUCAAUGCCGUAACACUACUGUUACCGGCAUUUGCAGUAAACCAGCCACAGAAACUGUAACAAACGUUUUGACGUUUGCACUUUUUUGAACAAAUCUAUAAGUUCCUGAAGAUAAAGCGAAUAAUUAUAACAGCAUCAACAGCAUGAAAAAUCUAGGAUUCAUUUUUUUACUUGGAUUUUAUUUAAAUAUUUAUUUUCGAACUAUUGAACAAACCAUCACAAAGCCGUAUCUAAUUUGAAGAGGGUGAGAGUUCUCUAUGAAACUAGAUAUCAAAUAAGAGAUGAACGAUCUUCAGGCUGAAGUUCUCUUAAAUAAAGACUAAAAAAUAUCAAAUAGACAGCAAGAAGACUUUGAUCAUUAGUAUCCUCACGGACACAUAAUUCAUCCGCAUUAACACAAGGCUCGUAUCAAACAACAAACACAAAAAUAGUUGUACAUUAGUCGUAGUAGUGAACAAAUAAUAGCAUAAAAGCGAGCACAAUAUACUUUAUCAGCUAGCCAUUGUUGUAGCGUAUGUGUUUCUGUUUCAAGCGAGCUUCAAAUGAAAGUACGUUUCCAUCCGGGUCCUUCCAACCACUUUAGCGCGUUUAGCUAAAAAAGAUAACACUUGUUGAUCGUUUCAUGUCCUUGGAAGUGUUCCAAUUGCUAGCGAGAAUUAGUUUAAUAAUUCUAAUAUCAUUCCUACUGAUGCAGACAAGCAGGCGAACAUCAAAUUGAUGGACGUACGGAAUUAUUCGAAAUUAAUAUUUUAGGAUACAAAAGUAUAAUUGAAAUUACGUUACAAGUUCAUUAAGAAUAAAUAGUUGAAAACAAAUUUUUAUAUUGUAGAAGCAAAAACAGAUUGAAAACAAAAAUAUAUUAACGGAGACCGAUCUCUUUUAGUUUCAAUCAUCAGCUUUAAUUUUCUAUUAAACUUAGAAUCAUGCUAUCACCGCUAAGGAUUUCAUGUUGAGUAUGUAGUAUUUAAUUACUAUUGUACAUAAUAUUUUAUGUUAAAAAUGAUCCCCAUCCAUGUAAUCGUUCGCAACAAGAAUGUUUAACAAGCUGAUGGACGUUUAUGUUUGAUGAUCUGAGCUAUAGUAGACCUUGUCCGUGUCCCAGAAAUUAAUCCCAACUCGUUAGCUCUCUUUGGGUUUUUUCUUGAUGUCAAAUAAUUAUCAUAGUUAGUUUUCAGCCCGAGGCUAAAAAUACGUAUUUUUUUUCAUUCUUUUUAGCUUCGAAGUGAUCUUAAAUAUGCAAAACUUCUUGGGAACAAAGUUAAAACUUCUGUUCAAAAACUGAUUUACUAUUUGAAAAUUAUUCCACUCAACAUUCGGGACUGUUCAGUUCAAAUUGGACUGCAAAUUUGAUAUUACUUAUAGUCAGAAGUAUUGCGACAAAGACAAAUUAUGUUAACAACAAGAUAUGCUCCAUGUUAGACUGUAUAUAUGUUAUUUACGAUAAUCCAAAUGGAGACGGAAACAUAAAUAAAAGAAAUGAUAUACGCUGAUAUUCUUAUACAAAAUAUGAAGAAAAAAAAUACAAUAACGAAAUGUAAGAAUUUGUUAACAAAACAAUAAAAGAAUGGAUUGCA